AUGCCACUUGACCGGAGUAGUGUGCUAGUGCCUGCCACUAUUCGUGCUAAUGCGAUAGUCGGAGCCGGUGCUCCGACCCCCUUCACUUCUGGACGGUUCGUGAACGGACCCCCUUCACUUGAGCUGCACCCCCGGUCAUCAGGAGAAAAAAGGUAUUCACUUCAACGUAAGAAGUCAAUGACGACGGAACAGUCGGAAAAGAAGGAAUAUUUAUUCAUAAUCAAUAAUAAAAUAAAAUAUUGUUAA